AUGGAUGUCUCUGGCGAAGAGCGACCAGAACUCAGUCUCCGGAAAUUCAUUCGAGUUGCCCAGGACAGAUUACUUAAAUAUGGACCCUCAGAAGAUAUAGAGCUUGAAGCCGAGAAUAUGCGCUAUAUUUCCGAAAACACGGCCAUCCCGAUCCCCCACGUUCACGAGACCCAAAUCCAUGAUGGUGGCGCCAAGUCUAUAUUAAUGGACUAUGUCGAAGGUCAGACGCUGCAAGAUGCCUGGUCUAGCAUGAUCCCAUCACAAAAGAUGUCCGUUGCGCAGGAACUACGUGGAUAUGUACAACAACUCCGGGGGCUAAAGCGCGAACAUCUGGAACCUUUCAGCCAUAAACAUAUAUACACACGGCGCCCAGUCUACCUUGACGAGUACCUAUUUUCGAGAUUGAGGACCUCAGUCCCGGAUCUUCUGCUCAAUUAUACGGGAAAUAAAUGGCCGGAGGAUAAGUUGGUCUUCACGCACGGUGAUCUGGCACCGAGAAAUAUCCUGGUUGACGACCAUGGUCAUGUCACUGCAGUUUUGGACUGGGAACUUUCAGGAUGGCAACCUGAAUGGUGUGAGACUGUUAGAGCGUAUACUUUUUGCAACGAUAUUCCUGGCUGGACUGCCUAUCUAUCCGCUGUUUUCCCACCGGGUGAUGCAACGGAGUAUAUGGCUGUGGCGUUUGCUAGACAUAUGAAAUGA